GUUCUCCAACCUGCGUUCCCAUCCUCGUGCCUCUCAAUGACGCCGGCCAUUAGGUGUGCCUUUCACAGUAUGUCUGAUCUCCAUGACCAGUGGCUACAAUGAACUACGAACCCCGAUUUCCAUCAUGAACAUCGACUUCCAUCAUGAAGCCCGACUUCAAUCUUCCAUUGUUCUCCCUUCGUCCUAUAAUCACCGCCUCCUCGCCAUGUCACAUCCCAUUCACCCUCGACGGCCAUCGUCAGGGCAACGCGCACGUGUCUACCUCAUUCUCGCCCAAACCUGCCCAAAUCGGGCAAGUCUUGACAAAAGCCCGGACAUAAACCCUUUUGUGGCCAUGUUAGGGCCUGCAUGCAGCCCUGUUAUGGUCCACCUGUGGCGCGUGCAACCCGCAUGCGUUCUUUGUCGGAAUGGCCCCGAAGCCACACAUAUAAGGCCAGUGUGUUUGCACAAUUUGACCGUUCUCUUUCCCUCUUCCUUGUUGUACGCAUUGACCUCGGCGUGUUGUCCUCGCUUGGGCUUCCAACACGCGCGUUAUUGUGUUCGACGCGCUAUUGUUCUAUACUCUCCCGCUCUGCCUAGCGCUUCCCGUGAUCCACAAGUUCACAAGUGAUAUCUAUUGUCCUACGAUGUCGUCGAGCCGGCUCUCCAG